GUGCUACAAGUUCCCUAUGAAUCGCCAUAUUGGUAUCAAAGAGCGCUCCUCUCGACGGAACUCGCGGAAGUCUUCGCGCAAGCUCCUCUAGCCCCCAACUCCGUCGCUCAUGCACACAUCCGAGAGGCAUAUGCCCGCGCCACCGGCAAGGCAACCCCCUCUAGCGGCUCGCGAGCCACCGAUAAGAAGCGCAUGCCCGGCGAAGAAGACGACUGCCCGAUCUGCUACGAGAAUAUGCACAAAGAAGAUCCUAAGAAGCUGACGUUCUGCGAGGGCUGCGGGAACGGCCUGCAUCUCGAGUGUUUCCAGCAAUGUGCGUUAGUAUGGGCAAGGGGCAAAGCUAAGCCUACUUGUGUGUUCUGCCGCUCCGAGUGGGUUGUAGCUGGCGGUGUCAAAGUCGGCAGCAGUGGUGGGUAUAUAAACCUCGCGAGUGCUGCUGGCCUGAGUCCUCAGCGGGAUACAAGCUCAUACUAUCAUGGACCUCGACGAGGGCAGCGCUAUUACGGCUACCAAGACUAUGGCGACUUGUUCUAA